AAGAUGGCGCCGUCCGCGAAUAAAGACGCGUGCGUUAUUCCAGGAGGAUUUACAGUGCUCUCCCUCAGGUUCAGUGAGGAUGACUCUGCCGCUGCUCUUCAUCAGGUGUGUGUUAAAGAGCACAGAGUGCGCUCAGAGUCAAACACACACCGACCCGCCGACAGAACACUCUUCGUGCUCAACGUGCCGCCCUACUGCACACAGAGUGUUCUGUCAGGUGUGUUCAGUCGCUUCGGUGUGGUUGAGUCCGUGGAUGUGUGUGUGAAGCCCGGAGCAGCGGACAGCAGCGCCAGCGGAGUGUGUGAACUCUUCAGAGCCCCAGAACCACAGUGUUUCAGAGUAGCGUAUGUGGUGUUCCGGAGCGCAGCGAGUGUGAACGCAGCUAAACGUCACCCACUGCACGACUCGCUCAUCACCUCCACAGCGGAGAGACCCGUCAGAACCGGCCUGCGCAAGUGGAUCCAGCAGUACUCCGGGUCUCUGGUCAAGGCUUCGUCUCUUCAGGCUGCAGUGGAUCAGUUCAUGGAGGAGUUCGACACGCGCAAACAGCAGGAGGCGGAGCGUCUGCAGCAGGAGGCGGAGCAGCAGCAGGAGGAUGAGGAGGGCUGGGUGAAGGUGACGAAGGGCAGCCGCGGGGCUAAGGCCCGCCCACACACAGAGACAGCCAAUCAGAGGACACUGCAGAAGGAGGAGAAGAAGAAGCAGCGCAAGGAGCUCCUCAACUUCUACUCGUGGCAGCACCGCAACACACAGAGAGAGCACAUCGCUGAGCUGAGGAAGAAGUUUGAGGAGGAUAAGCAGAGGAUCGCUGUACUCAGAGCACAGAGGAAGUUCAAGCCCUACUGACUCACUAACCCACAAUCCCCUUCACCAGCGCUCCAUCUACCCACAAUCCCCCUGUCCUGUAGUGUUCACAUGAGCAGUGAUCAGAAAUAAAGUCUGCAGUGAGCGGA